AUGGCUGAAGAGCAGAGCUCUGACCCAGUUCGACUUGACGGGCGAAAGCUGGAAGGUGGCGGCCAACUGGUCCGCAUAGCAGUCGCAUUGUCCGCUCUAACAGGCAGGGCUGUUGUUAUCGACCACGUUAGAGGCAAUCGGUCCGGAAAGCGAGGCCUCAAAGCCUCUCACCUGGCCGCGAUCAAGGCUCUCGGGGAGCUGAGCGGCAGUACACUCGUCAAAGCCCAGGUGGGCUCAUGCUCAGUGGGAUUCUACCCUCCUCCACAAGAGCAAGGACGACCUCCUCAGACCAGUUCCGACAUCAAUAUCCGCCUGCCGACUCCGGGGUCUGUCUUCCUAGUGUUCCAGGCUCUGUAUCCAUAUCUCCUGUAUUCCGACUCGGCAGAGCAAAUUCGUCUGAGCAUUGUCGGCGGUACCAAUGUAUCGUCGUCCCCGUCAUACGACUAUGUUUCCCAGGUGCUGAUCCCUAAUUUCGCAAGGCUUGGACUGCCGCCGAUUUCCGUGCGAUUGGAAAAGCGUGGUUGGGCAUCGAGUCAAGGGCACUUGGGCAAGGUGAUCUUUACGAUCAAUACCCUGCGGAGAAGACGCGGCGGGGCUUCCAGCCACGAUGACCCCUCAAUUGAUCUGCACCGGUGCCGACGGGGGAAAAUCUCCAAGAUCGACAUUACAGUGCUCGCCCCUGAUGAUCAUCUCGUUACCGACACGGCGGGAACCACAAAGUCGGAAUCUUCAAAACGUGGGAUUUGGGAAGAUGUUGCUGCUGAGCUCGAGGAAAAUGAGAAGCAGGGAACUGUACGUGAAUUCACGGAGCGUUAUGUCCGUGCAACGCUUCGCCGUCGCCUGAAAGAAUUACCCCGCGAUGUUUUCCUCCGCCCUCAGCUCGAGGGCGCUAGUCUGGACAGAAGACCCCAUGUGAUCCCAAUCGAGACCCAUACCACUGAAGCCACGCAUCGUCGAUCAUGUUUAUAUGUGUUGAUUGUCGCCCACACGUCAACAGGAUUCAAAAUCGGACGUGAUUCAUUGUACGGUUCUUUGAGUGAACAGCCAAGGACUAAGAGACGUCAGAACAAGCAGGGAGAAGAUGUGAGGGAGAGAGUGGAGAGACUGGUUGAUGAUUGUGUGGAAAGCUUCAUUGGAGAAAUUUAUGAUCCAUUGGUGCAAACUCAAUCUAGUGCUUCAGAGCUUCCACGGCACCGACCUUGCGUUGAUGAGUAUAUGAGAGACCAGCUGGUGAUCUUUGAAGCGUUAGGGCAAGCAUCCAAUAAUAAAGAUCAUCAAGAGUACGAGAGUCGGGAAGACGAAAAAUAUUGGAGUCUGCACACAAAAACAGCGCAAUGGGUCUGUCGGGAAUUGCUGGGGCAGAGUUCCGCUAGGUGA